AUGGGUGGUUUCGCUGCUGUCUGUCGCCUUGUGCUGCUCUGUACCUUCGAUCUUUCACGUGUGCUUCUGACGUGUGCUCCUGUGCUGACGUGUGCUCCUGUGCUGACGUGUGCUCCUGUGCUGACGUGUGCUCCUGUGCUGACGUGUGGUCCUAACCAUUUACUCCCGUCCCCUUUGUCGGCUCCUUUCCCUUAUUUCUCUCCAGACGUGUGCUCGUGGUUUGAGGGCCACAACCCCUGUGGAGUGGGCUUGUGUCUGAGCGAUUACGACGUGUGCUCGUGGUUUGAGGGCGGCAACCCCUGUGGAGUGGGCUCGUGUCUGAGCGACAGCGAGGGCGGCUACCUUUGUCUCUGCCCGCCGGGCUUCAAGCGCGGGCUUCGGGCGGGCGGCACUGAGCUCUGUGUGCCCACCGCGGAGCGCCCCAGCAACAUCUCAUACCCCAUGGACGUGGACUGCGAGCUGGUGUAUCAGAUCUACGGGCUGGACGAGGAGCAGUUCCUCGCUCAGAACCCCGACCUGGAGAACGAUGAGGGCUGGUGUGACAUGAUUUGGGCCAACACAGUCGUCAAUGUCACUCUGCCGCCCUCUGCAAUCAUCUGUGGCCUCUUCUAUUCCUGGUCCUCUAACGACACGUGUGCAGCGGUGGCAGACGGCUUCGACCUCACAGUUGCAGACCUGGAAGCUCUCAACCCGGGCGUGAACUGUACCGGGAAGAUAAAGAAGCUUCCCGCAGUGAACCAGCAGGUGUGCGUGCAGGAGGGCAACGGGGCAGACUUCCCCAUGUGCACACAGUUCUACACCGUCCUCCCCAGCGACAACUGCAACACCAUCAUGAAGCGCUUCAAGCUCUCCCACCUCUCCUUCUACGCGCUCAACCCCGGCCUCAGCUGCGCAGCGCUCUUCCCCUACCUCAGCGGUCCCGACGAGGACGAGGACGAGGGCGACCAGGAUGGGGGGUCUACGCUCAGCGGCACUCAGGUGUGCAUCUCAGGCUUUACAGUCAACGCCACCGGGCCCGCUCCUGCCCGCUCCCUACGCACCCUCCACCCGCAAGGCACUCUGCAACGCACACCCAAGAAGCUUACCGGGUUCCGAAGGCUUGAGAGGCCCGAGAGGCCUGAGAAGCUCGAGAGGCUGGAGAACGCAUGGGUGGCAGGAGAAACCCGGUUGUGGGAGGGACAUCACCACCAGCAGCAGCAGUUGCAGCAGCUGCAGCUGCAGCAGCGGCAGCGGCAGCAGCAGUCGUGGCAGCAGUGGAUGCACGAGCUCUUUACUGAGAUGGCGGCGUUGGGGCCUCACAGGAGCAGGCAGAAAGGGCUGUACAAGCCUGGCUUUAAAGGGGCUUCAGUGGCACUCCAAAAGAGGCUGCUAGCAACCACUAAAGGCAGGCGCGCCCGGCCCAGAUGCCUUGCGUAUUACUCUGUGCAGCGCGGGGAUUUUUGUGCGCGCAUCAUAUCGCUCAAGUUCCAGAACAGUGCAAGAAAGAUGGCGGAGUUGAACAAUGGAUAUGUGUGCACCAAUGAUAGGUUGUACGUGGGAAUGUCGCUUUGCACGCGGAAGUGA